ACCUCGAUGCAUCAUCUCCAAUUUCACACCAUUCCUACUCAUAACACAAUCAGAUCACAAUUAACACAUUGCGAACCAAACACAAAAAGACAUGGCUCUUCUUGCUUUCUUCCUCUUCACCCUCGUCGUCUUUUCAAGUUCAAGUUGCUCAGCGAUUUGGUUCCAACAUCCGCACAGGUAUAUACAGAAAAAAACGAUGCUAGAGUUAGCCAGCAGGAUUGGUAUUAAUUAUGGUAGACAAGGAAACAACCUACCAUCUCCUUACCAAUCCAUCAAUUUCAUCAAACUCAUCAAAGCCGGUCAUGUCAAGCUCUACGACGCCGAUCCAGAGAGUCUAACUCUCCUCUCUCAAACCAAUCUCUACGUCACCAUAGCGGUGCCAAACCACCAGAUCACUUCCCUCAGCGCCAACCAAACUACAGCUGACGAUUGGGUCAAAACCAAUAUCCUCCCUUACUACCCACAAACGCAAAUAAGAUUUGUCCUUGUUGGAAACGAAAUCCUCUCCGUCCAAGAUAGGAACAUAACCGCCAAUGUCGUACCGGCAAUGAGAAAAAUAGUGAACUCUCUCAGAGCCCAUGGGAUUCACAACAUCAAAGUCGGUACACCUUUAGCUAUGGAUUCUCUUCGAUCAACGUUUCCGCCGUCGAACUCAACAUUCCGGGAAGAUAUCGCCUUACCGUUAAUGUUACCGUUGCUGAAGUUUCUCAACGGAACAAACUCUUACUUCUUUAUCAAUCUUCAACCUUACUUCCGCUGGUCAAAAAACCCUAAUCACACCACGUUGGAUUUCGCUCUGUUUCAAGGAAACUCAACUUAUACCGAUCCUCAUACCGGUUUGGUUUACCAUAAUCUUGUAGACCAAAUGUUGGAUUCGGUUAUCUUUGCCAUGACCAAGCUCGGUUAUCCAUACAUCCGUAUCGCAAUCUCUGAAACCGGAUGGCCUCACUCCGGCGACAUCGACGAAACCGGAGCUAACGUUUUCAACGCCGCGACGUAUAACCGGAAUUUGAUCAAGAAAAUGACCGCAAUUCCACCAAUCGGUACACCAGCUAGACCCGGUUCACCUAUACCGACAUUUGUUUUCUCCUUAUUUAACGAAAACAAGAAACCCGGUUCGGGAACACAAAGACAUUGGGGAAUCUUGCAUCCGGACGGUACACCAAUCUACGACAUUGAUUUUACCGGUCAAAAACCCUUAACCGGUUUUAACCCUCUGCCUAAACCGACCAAUAACGUUCCUUACAAGGGUCAAGUGUGGUGCGUACUGGUCGAAGGAGCCAACGAGGCUGAGCUUGAGGAAGCUUUGAGGAUGGCUUGUGCCCGAAGCAACACGACGUGUGCGGCUUUGGCUCCUGGCAGAGAAUGUUACGAGCCGGUCUCUGUUUAUUCGCACGCAAGCUACGCGCUUAACUCGUACUGGGCUCAGUUCCGUAGCCAAAACGUCCAAUGUUACUUUAAUGGAUUGGCUCAUGAGACCACGACUAACCCUGGAAAUGAUCGCUGCAAGUUCCCGAGCGUUACUCUGUGAGCAAGAACGCCUGAAAGAGAUUUAAGAUGAUCAAAGCUGGAUUAUUCGUAUUUACUCACUCUAGAUUUUCUGGUUUCUGUUUCGUGUGGCUUAAUGUUGAGAAAAACAUCAAAUAACUAUUAAAUAUAUAAUUUUUUUUUGUUUACAAAACAUGAAGAUUACAUUCUCUAGCAGUUAUAUGACGAGAAAAUUUGCAAAGUGGAUCGUGGUCAAGUUGCCAAUUUGGGCUUUGGGUCGUGGCGAGUUGUAAUUUGCAAAAUGGGUCGCGAUUCUUUUUGUCUCUGUGUAAGAGUCACUUCACACCCUUUGCGGUUUACAAAUUCACUGAAAUUUCAUUCCCUC